GAGGCAGCUCAGUCAGAACAGAAGUGACCGCUAGCUUCAUGUCAACCAUACAGACAUUACUGAACUAGCAGGAGCGGAAACCUUUCAGAGGGGAAGAAGGAGAGGGAGAGAUAGAGGGAGAGCGAGGGGGGCUGUCGGAAGGGAUCCUGGACUGUUAUUUUUGUCACGUUUGAACCGACUAAACAUUUAAAUCGAUUUUUUUUUACCUAUUUUGAGGAGCUCGGGAAUAUCAGCUGUAGGAAGGUUAGCUAGCCACCGCCAUCUCUUCUCCGUCGGAGCGACCGCCGUGUCUUCCACACCAUGGGGAACGCUGCCACCGCCAAGAAGGGCAACGAGCUGGAGAGCGUGAAAGAGUUUCUAGCCAAAGCCAAAGAAGAUUUCUUACGGAAAUGGGAAUGCCCACCACAGAGCACAACGUGCCUAGAUGACUUUGACAGAUUAAAGACCCUGGGUACCGGCUCAUUUGGAAGAGUCAUGCUGGUGAAACACAAAGGAACAGAGCAAUACUAUGCCAUGAAAAUACUGGAUAAGCAGAAGGUGGUGAAACUCAAGCAAAUAGAACACACAUUAAAUGAGAAGAGGAUAUUACAGGCUGUGAGCUUCCCAUUUCUCGUCAAACUUGAGUAUGCGUUUAAGGACAACUCCAAUUUGUACAUGGUGAUGGAGUAUGUUCCCGGAGGAGAGAUGUUCUCACACCUAAGACGAAUUGGAAGGUUCAGUGAACCACAUGCACGGUUUUACGCCGCCCAGAUAGUGCUGACAUUUGAGUACCUCCAUUCACUAGAUCUCAUAUACAGAGAUCUGAAACCUGAGAACCUUCUCAUUGACCACCACGGCUACAUUCAGGUGACAGACUUUGGAUUUGCAAAGCGGGUAAAAGGCAGGACCUGGACGUUGUGUGGGACACCGGAGUACCUGGCGCCAGAAAUCAUUCUCAGCAAAGGCUAUAACAAAGCUGUGGAUUGGUGGGCCCUCGGAGUCCUUAUCUACGAAAUGGCAGCUGGCUACCCUCCAUUCUUUGCAGAUCAACCCAUUCAGAUCUAUGAGAAGAUCGUGUCUGGGAAGGUACGAUUCCCCUCCCACUUCAGCUCUGACUUGAAAGACCUGUUGAGAAACCUGCUGCAGGUGGAUCUGACCAAACGUUACGGCAACCUGAAGAACGGAGUCAAUGACAUCAAGGGUCACAAAUGGUUUGCCACAACAGACUGGAUCGCAAUCUACGAGAGAAAGGUGGAAGCCCCAUUCAUACCAAAGUGCAGAGGCCCGGGGGACACUAGCAACUUCGACGACUACGAGGAGGAGGAGAUCCGCGUUUCUUUAACGGAAAAAUGCGCAAAGGAGUUUGCAGAGUUUUAGGACGCCAGAACAUGGAUAUAUCAGGGAAAUAAGGGGAUCUUUGCACUCUUCUAAAGACUUUGGAUGGAGCAGAGACCAUCGUUUUUCAGAUCUACUACAUAGUCCCUUCAUUCCACAAGGCUGAAUGAGGUUGCCAUGAUCCUUGGGUGCCGAUAACCUCUCACUGUCACGUACACCUGCGUAUUAAAGCAGACACACCACUUUUUUCUUUUUCUUUUACUUUGUUUUUUUUUUUUUUUUUUUUUACCUACCCACCAUUUUUUUUUUUACUUUGAAGCAGUUAGUCUUGGAUGUUGUAAUCCCCUUUUAAAAUGUGACAUUUUACAAUUUAUGAGGAAAAACUGAGACAAUGGCCAAUAAUAGUCCACACAUUGUAACUGACAUGUCUGUGGCAGUUGACACACAGUUGUGUGGGUUGUAGGGUAUUCCCUCUAGUUGUCAGCGGUGUAUAUUUAACAGUCUGUUACAGGUCCACGUUACAUUGGCUAUUGUAAAGUUUUGGCCAGCUUUCAGAGGUAGUAUUUGUCCUAUGUGCAUAUCUGUCAAUUUUGUAAGACAUUUGAACACUUUUGAGUGUUUAAAGCAUGACCAAAUAGAAAACAUUGGGUGACACAAGAAGAAAGGUUCUUUCCUUUCUUUGCUUUUGCCUUAGAGAGCCAAGUCCUUCAAAGCCCCCCCCCCCCCCCCCCACAAAAGCAUCCAUUCACUGUCUUCUUGGUAUUCUGACCCAGGCACAGCAAGCCAUCGCUGAAAAUGACAAACCUUGUUACAUUAGUAAAAUGCAAAUCAAGUUGUUUGUUUGAUCCUUUUGGAUCUGUUAGUUACAUGUAAAAUUUGUCAUUUGGUAUCUUACUAUUUUUUGUCGCCGUGUCUAACAUUAUAGUCAUAUUGUCCCUAGAUUUCAGGUCUUCCCAUAAAGACCAUUUGUUACAAGUCUGUGGAACAAUGUGACUUCAGUAAAUGGAAGAGAGUGACAUUAAAUCCUUUUUAGGAUUUUUAUUGAAUAUAAUGUAAAGGUGAGAGGGUCAGUGUGAAUAGUGUUGCGGCUCUGUGCCUCAACAUUGUUAGUGAAACCUUAAAUAAAGUACAGAGUUUAUCAUGUAUUAAAUCAAAGAUGUUUUAAAUCUUAAGAAACACAAAACUGCAAUCUACCAUAUUUUCCCUGUUGCCAGCCCCGACCAGAAUUACUUUGUUUCAUUCUUGUCAAAGAAUGUAGAUUGCGACUUAUAGGUAUGCAUAUUUGAAAGCUUGAUUUCAAGGUACAGUUUUCCUCACAAUACACUGGCUAAAAUAAAGACUGCUCCUUUGUAUCACAUGUAACCCUGUUAUUGUUAAGCUCAUUACAUUAUACGUAUAUGCAUUGUUUCAUAUAUGUUUUUAUUUAUACACAUUAGAGAUGCUAAUAAAUUUUAUUUUUAAAAGUG